CAAUUAGGUUAUAUUUCAGAGGGAGAGGGAGAACAAUCAGCUAAGCGAUGGGGAAAUCCAAAGACGAUUACAAGCGGAAGAGAUCUUCUCCAUCUUCUCCACGAAGUGGAGAUGAAGUGAGAAUCAAAAGGCGUAAAAGUAGGGAAGACGAGAAGAAACACAAAUCUAAGAAGAAGCAAAAAUCUCAUAAAACUUCCACCCGCCAUUCUGAUAAAGGUAAGAAGUCUGAUGGGAAGCACAAGGACAAAGGCCGCAAGCUUGAUAAUGCUUCAAAACUCAAGGUACAAGAAUUGUCCAAGGAUGACUACUUCUCCAAGAACAAUGAGUUUGCUGUGUGGCUAAAAGAAGAGAGAAAUGUAUUUUUUUCGGAUCUAUCUUCUGAUUCUGCACGGAGCCUAUUUUCAGAAUUUGUGGCAGAAUGGAAUAACCAAGAGCUUGAAUCCAAAUACUAUGAGGGCAUCACAACUGGACCACGGUCAUCGCAUAAGUGGAACAUCAAAAAAUAGUAGGAUUUUAGUGUCUUGUAUGUAGUUGAUGUUUCAGUAGUUCCUUAAUACCCAAUAGCUGUUCUUGGACAACACGGCGGUACCUGCAAUUAUGCUGGCAUAGAAUUUUCUAGUCUUCCAAAAUCAGGGCAAAGGAAGGGACGAUUAUCUGUGGACGUCAGCAGUAAUGGAAAAAGUCGCAGGUUCCUUGUAUGCAUGCUCAUGAUCAUCAGAAUGAAUGUUCACAUCCAUUUAGGUUUUUAGUGAAAUGCCUGGGACUUUUCUUCGUGCUGUGCACUUAUUAGGUUGGAUUUGCAAGAUUUUGAUACAUUUCGUGUUCAGUCUCAUCUUUGUAAAAAAUGUAAUGUAAGUUAACAUGAUGGAUUACAUCAAUUUGCAAUUAUGGCAGUCUGAAAAUGUAGAUCUGUGGA